AUGUCUGCGUACUCAGAGCAGGAUUUCCUAGCGGACAAAUAUACAACAUACAGACCGAAGUAUCCAGCUUCCUUCUUCCAAAAACUGAUUAGCUAUCACAAUGGAGACAAAAAAUUGGCUGUUGACGUUGGUUGUGGUCCAGGGGAGGCAACCUUUCCAUUAUCCAAAUACUUUGACCAUGUGAUAGGGAUUGAUAGAUCCAAUGUAAUGGUCAAACAAGCUAAUCAAAUCAAGGACCUUAAUGGUCAUAAAAAUGUUGAGUUCAGAACAGGUAACGGUGAAGUAUUGCAGCUUAACACAAACUCAGUAGAUCUAGUUGCAGCUGCUGAAUCCCUUCAUUGGUUUGAUCAAUCAAAAUUUGUUCAGGAAUCAUAUAGAUUGUUGAGAUUAGGUGGUACAUUAGCCUAUUGGGGAUAUACUGAUCCUGUGUUUGUUGAUUAUCCAGAUGCAUCAUUUAUCUAUAAUAAUUAUGUCUAUCUUGAACCUGAGUAUCUUGGUCCAUAUUGGGAAACACCUGGGAUUGAUUUAUUGAAAGCUGGGUAUAAUCACGUUGAACUACCACCAGAUCUAUUUGGAGAAGUUAAAAGAGUUGAUUAUGAAGCUGGAACCAGAAAUAGAGAGGCAUUAGUGAUGAAGAAACAGUAUUAUGGUACAAGUCAACUUAAAAAUUUCAUGAAAACAUGGAGUGCUUAUCAUAUUUGGUGUAAAGUUCAUCCAGACUCUCCAGAUGUUAUUGACUUACUGUUUGAUGACCUUAAGAAAAACCUUCAUUGGACUGAAGAGACAGUUUUGAACGUGGAAUGGAAUACAUUUUACGUGUUCGCUACGAGGAUGUAG